UGCAGCACAGCAGCUCCCUGCCCACCCAUCUCCCGUGCAGCUGUCCCCACUCCAUCCCACAGUAUGUGUUCUCCUUCUACAGCCUGGACUCCCAGCAAGCUGGAAGGGAAACCUCUCAGAGACCCUGUGUUUGGCACCAUGGACAAAGCAGCCUGCACAGCCUCCCCAGAGAGAAAAACCUUCACUGAGCCUUUAAUUGAGCAUCUCCUGGACACAUGGAGCACAGAGGACAUGCAGCUCCUGUUGACUGAAGGGAAAGCCUGGAAAACAUUGGUGGCAAAGGCUGACUUGCCCAGGGAACAGGAAGAUGCUCUACGUGAAUCUUUGAGUGAGCUUAUAGCAAAUGCGGAUGUGGAGGAGAAAGACCGGCUUCAAAAUGACCUGUGGGACAAGGAGAACUUUUUGAAUGAUUAUCCUCGGGUUAAACUGGAGCUCGAGGAGCUCAUUAGAAAGCUCUACACCCUUGCAGAUAAGAUUGACAAGGUGCACAGGGACUGCACCAUCUCCAACAUUGUUGCCCACUACACCAGUGCUGCAUCCGGAGUCCUGACGAUCCUUGGCUUCGCUCUGGCACCUGUGACAGCAGGGGUCAGUCUGAUGCUUUCAGCCACUGGGAUGGGGCUGGGAGCAGUGGCUGAUGUGACUAAGGUUUCUACAGGUAUUAUGGACUACUCAACCAGGUUGUCAGCUGAAGCAAAAGCCAGUCACCUAGUAUCAAUCAGGAAGGACACUGUGAAAGACAUUAAAGGAGAUGAUUCAAACAUAAACAAAGUUGUUUCCUUAUCCAAGAAUUGCUUCCAAACCCUACAACGCAUUGAGAAGAAUAUCCAUGCCAUCCAGCUGGCCAAAGACAACCCUCACUUAGCAGCCAAUGCCAAGCACCUCAUGACCACAGGGAGGAUCUCGGCCCGAAGCACUAAACAGGUGCAGAAAGCCUUUGGAGGUACUGCUCUGGCAAUGACCAGAGGAGCCCGGAUCAUGGGUGCAGCAACUGCAGGUGUCUUCCUUCUGAUGGAUGUGGUCAGCCUUGUGAAAGAGUCAAAGCAUUUGCAGGAGGGGGCAAAGGCAGAGUCUGCUGCGGAGCUGCGACGUCAGGCUUGGGACCUAGAGCAGAAGUUACAGAAACUAACUUGGCUAUAUGAGUGUCUUACUCAGUGAAUUUUCUUUCCCUGAGCAUCACGGAGAUCAGGGGAGAUGUGCUGAACAAACUGUGGACAGCUGAGAGCCCCAGACUGCAUCACCUCUCAGGGAUGGUAUGAAAAUGGUAGUGCUUGCUAGAGGAAGAGGCCACAUCAAGAGACAGGAAGCUGGAGCACAUGGACGGGAUAGCCUUGUGACCUCUACCUCCCAGGCCCUACCUCUUCAAAGUCCCACCAUGUCCUCACACCCCACACUGAAGACCAUGUCUCCAUCACAAAAAGCCCUAAGGAGUACAUUCAAGUUAUAAACAAACCACAGCACUGUUGCCCCUGAAAUGUACAGGCCACCCUCGUCCAGGCAUAGGCUUAGAAUGUCCACCAAACUGUCAACUCCCCCCCCCUUUUUUUGAGAAUUUAUUUUUAUUUAUGUGUAGAUGUAUGUGUGUUCCAUGGGCACCCCCCAUGGAGAUCAGAAGAGGGUCUCAUAGUCCCUAGAGCUGGAAUUACACAGUAGGUUGUAAGACACAUAACAUGGGUUCUGGGACCUGAACUCGGGUCCUCUGGAAGAGAGGCAAGCGCUCAUAAUAGCUGAGCAUCUCUCCAGUCUCCCACUGACCUUUGAUUGGUGGCAUUAGGGACUUCCUCCUCCCUAGGUCUGCCUAAUUAUGUAUUUUUCAAAAAUAAUUCCAAAUCUAGCAACCAGACUAUGAUUGCGAAGCCCAAAGCCAAAAAAAAAUCUUCUUUUUCUGGCCCUGACCCCCUUUGGGUGAUGCAGGCAUGCAGUGAAAUGCUCAAAGCAGAACCACAAAAAAUUACAAAGGAAUGGGAUGAUGGGGAAGCCCAGCUGUCCACAAGCCACAAGUUCCUGGCUGUGGGCUUUUAGAGAAAGGGCGGGGGGCGGGGGGAGUGGUAGCAGGGUAUGGGUGCCGAGCUCUGCUCCCUGUGACCAGAUUCUGGGAAGAUCAAAAGGUUUUGUUUCUGUUAAAGUUUUUGAAAUCUGCUGCAACUGAAAGAAAUCUUCGGGGGAUGAGCAUGAAAGGAUAUAUUUGUUCUGUGUUUAAAAAAAUAAAUUUUCAACA